UAAUACAGGCAGUGAUGAAAAACAUAUGAGUGGUAACAAGUCGCCUUAAUAUCAUUCUUCAGUACUAAGAUGGGCUAAUCUGAAGCAGCACUUUACUCUGGUAUCACCCACUGUGCCAGAAGGAUCAAGAAGCUUGGAAGUGGACUUUUGCUUUAUAUAUACUUUUCAUUUCACAGAACUCACUCUAAUUUCCUUUUUCCCUAUUUUUUUUUUGUAAUAUGAAAUAACUGGACAUAAGAACCUUAGGUGGAUUAUCCCAGUGCUUCCGGAAGAAUUUCCAAACCUGCAAGAUUGGUUAUCCUGAUUAAGAAGAUAUGAAAGAAUACACACUCCUUCUCUUCCUGGCUUUGUGCUCUGCCAAAUCUCUCACUGGUCCCUCGUAUUUUACACUAAAGAAUAUGAUGCUCCAAGAUAUGGAAGAUGAUGACGAUGAUGACGAUGACGACAAUUCUCUAUUUCCAACCACUGAACCCAUUCUACCACUAAUUCCUUUUGAUCUGUUCCCAACAUGCCCCUUUGGAUGCCAGUGCUAUGUGAGAGUUGUCCAUUGUUCUGACCUAGGUUUGACAUCAAUUCCUCGCAACAUCCCACCAGAUACUCGUAUGAUUGACCUUCAAAACAACAAAAUCAAAGAGGUCAAGGAAAACGAUCUCCAAGGACUCACAUCACUUUAUGCACUGGCUUUGAACAACAAUAAAAUAUACAAGAUCCAUCCCAAAGCCUUUCAACCAACAAAGAGGCUACGACGACUGUAUUUGUCCCAUAACCAACUGACAGAGAUUCCAACAAAUCUACCCAGAACUCUGGCAGAGCUCAGAAUUCAUGCUAAUAAGGUUAAGAAAAUCCCCAAGGAUGUAUUUAAAGGAAUGAAGUCUCUACAUGUUUUAGAAAUGAGUGCAAAUCCUCUUAACAAUGAUGGAAUAGAGCCAGGGGCUUUCGAAGGGGUAAAUAUCUACCACAUACGAAUUGCAGAGGCAAAAUUAACUUCAAUUCCUAAAGAUUUGCCCUCCAGUCUUCUGGAGCUUCACUUAGAUGACAAUAAGAUCACAGGAAUUGAACUUGAGGAUUUUAACCGUUAUAAAGACCUUCAAAGGCUAGGCCUUGGCAAUAAUAAAAUCAAAGAAGUGGAAAAUGGAAGUUUUGCCAAUAUCCCAAGUAUACGUGAAAUCCACCUGGAAAAAAACAAGCUGAAGAAGGUUCCUCCUGGAUUACCUGAACUAAAAUAUCUGCAGGUUGUCUUCCUUCAUUCCAACCAUAUUGCCAAACUGGGAGUGAAUGAUUUCUGUCCAACAGGACGAAGGAAGAAGAAAGCCCUGUACAGUGGCAUCAGCCUCUUCAACAACCCUGUCAAGUACUGGGAGGUUCAGCCUUCAACUUUCCGGUGCAUUUUAGCCAGGAACAGUGUUCAGCUUGGGAAUUUCCUCAAGAUCCCUCCUUAGUGGAAGUACCUUACAAUUGCCGAAAACAAGCAGCUGGAACUCACCUGCCCUGCCCUUCCUGUGCAGUGCAGCACACAGAACUCUCAAUGCUGACAGUACUGUAUAAAAUGGAUAUUUUAGAUAUCUAUUUAGUGUAUAUUUGCUAUUCGGAUUCAAAAUAAAUUAAAUAAACGUACAGAAUA